AUGAGCUUCAUACCGGAAGACCCUAACUCGGUCACGGACGACGAACCAUUAUUAGGGGCGACCCCCGGUCCAACGGCAACAGCAACCGUGCAGCCUUCUGGAUCUACUAAGGGUGAGUGCCCCUCGGCUACAACAGUGGUGGCAGCCGAACGACCGCAACCGCCCAAGUCCAACAGUGACAUUCCACAAUACAACGGCAAAGAAGCUUUCACAACUUGGCUCCGUAGAACUAGAUUUUACCUUGAAGACUUUCCACGAGCCCAACAACCACGCAUGCUGCUCAAGGCCUUGGCACCAACUCAGCUGGAUAAAGCCCUGGACGCAGGGCUCCAUGCAGGCCUACCAUUUGAGAAUUUGUGCCAACAACUGGCGAAUAUCUAUGGACAGACAGGUUCUGUCGGAGACGCGAUCGAACAACUUCAUAGUCGCCGCCUCAAGACAAACGAGACUCCCAACCAACUUGUAGAAGAAUUGGACCGCCUCGCCUCAGUCGCCUUCCCCACCCUGGCCGCCGCGGAUAAAGAAACUGUCGUCCUCCAUUAUUUUAUUAAAGCUUUACCCUUGACAGACCUUUCCAGGUCUCUGCUGUUGCAACCGCCAGGAGACAUACAUGAAGCAAUCAAACGCGCGGAGCGCUAUAUACACUUGAAUGAGACGGAGAGUCACGCCAGUACCGUCACGCAACGCCCAGACGCAAGCCGCUGGAAUAGAACAGAACCCACAGCAACCAGGAACAACUACUCACCUUCAAGACAAUACCCCGGCCGCGGCAGAUACCUCUAUAAUCAACGCGGUAAUCUUUUCCGGCGACAGAGAGGGCAACCGACAGGUUACGGUCAAACCUGCACGCGCAACAAAACGGGUACGCUGAACAUUACCGCGUGUAGUGAUUUACAUGCAAAUAGCUUGCCUUUUUACAUUAACAUAUCAGUUGCAAACCGUGCAGUGAGAGCCCUAAUAGAUACGGGCGCUACGGCAUCCUUAGUUAAUAAAAAGGUGGUACCCCACGACGCGUUGAUGAGUAGAAGACAUAGAUGUCCACAUAUUCACCUAACUGCCGCUGAUGGGGCUGAUAUGAGGCAUCUCGGUUCCGUAGUGCUGGAUGUCAAACUCCCACAUGCCAAAGUCCAUCAUACGUUCAUAAUGGCUCCCGAUCUAACUUGGGACGUACUCCUAGGAGUGGACUUCUUAGCGCACCAUGGCUGCCGUAUCGAUGUGCUAAAACGAACGAUACAAUUUCAAGCGUUGGAAGAAAAGGCCCCGGCUGCGCCGGAAACCUUCGACGAAGAAGCCAUUUGUGCGGCCAUACAGAAGGAAGUCCAAUUACCACCUGCAUCGAUUGAUGAUAUCAUAUUCCAAUCCGCGGGAACGGGCCCUGACAAAUGGCACCUAAAAAAUCUGCUCCUUGAAUUCCAAGACGUUUUUGCAUGGGAUGAAUACUCGCUCGGGCGAACUAAUCUCAUCCGCCACGCUAUAGAGACAGGCACAGCAAAACCAAUUUGGCAACCACCAAGGCGCAUACCAGCCCGUUUCCAGAAAGAAGUCCUUGAAUUGCUAGAUAGUAUGCUCGCCACGGGUGUGAUACGUCCGUCACGCUCACCAUGGGCGUCACCGGUAACGCUAGUUCCAAAAAAAAAGACGGCAAGCUUCGCUUUUGUAUAGACUAUAGACGUCUUAACGCUGUCACCACGCGCGAUUCGUUCCCGUUACCGCGCAUCGAAGGCACCCUGGACGCCUUGGCAGGGGCUAAGUGGUUCUCCACGCUGGACCUCAAGUCAGGUUACUGGCAAGUAGAGGUAGAACCGGCAGACAGACACAAGACGGCGUUCAUUUUGCCGCAAGGCCUGUUUGAGUUUGAGACAAUGCCGUUCGGCCUGUGCAACGCCGCCGCCACAUUUCAGCGGCUUAUGCAAGUGGUGUUAGCCCAUCUAUACCCACAGCAAUGCCUAAUAUAUCUGGACGACGUAAUUGUGUUCGGCAGGACACCCAGCCAACACAACGAGAAUUUACGGGCCGUCCUCGAGGCUUUAAAAGAGGCCGGGUUAAGAUUGAACCCUCAAAAGUGCCAGUUCCUCCGUACUGCCGUAAACUAUUUAGGCCACGAGGUCAGUGCUCAAGGCAUCUGUGUGCCUUCGAAAAAAGCAGAAACCAUUCGUUCCUGGCCGGUACCCAAUACGCCUACCGAAGUAAGAGGAUUUAUCGGGUUAGCCUCGUAUUACCGGCGUUUUAUAGCAGAUUUUGCCGGCAUAGCCCGACCACUACAUAGACUCACCGAAAAAGGACGGAAGUUCCUGUGGACCAGUGAGUGUCAGACUGCGUUUGACGACCUCAAAGCCCGACUUGCUACAGCACCCAUACUCAAGCUUCCUAACCUAAACGAUGCUGCGCCACCGUUCAUACUCGACACUGACGCCAGCGCGUUCGCGAUUGGCGCAGUACUGUCCCAAACGGAUGACAAAGGACAGGAAAACCCAAUUUGCUUUGCCAGUAAAACCCUAUCGAAGCCACAAAGGAAUUACUGUACAUACAGACGAGAGUUAUUGGCCAUAAUCACGUUUAUCAAGCAGUUCCGCCCCUAUCUACUAGGUAAACCCUUUGUGAUGCGUUCUGAUCAUAAAGCCCUUCAGUGGCUACAAAAUACCAAGGACGCAGAGGGACAAUUAGCCAGGUGGCAAGAAAUUUUACAAGAGUAUAACUUUACCUGCGUAUAUCGUCCCGGCAAGCAGCAUGCCAACGCAGACGCCCUCUCGCGACGCCCCAUACUUUCAGAUACCGCAGAACCCUGCUUGAGGCCGGCUGAAGUUAACGCCGUUUACGCCAGUGAACCAACCCGAUACCAUUGGGCUAUAGCACAGAGCACGGAUCCAGACACGGCAGUAAUAUAUGACCACGUACUACAUGGGAGCCACCGACCUACUGACACUGAGCUAUGCGGUUCAUCAGAAUCAGCUUAUGUACUUCGUAAUCAAUGGCCUCAGCUGUUCAUAGAUAAUGAUAUCUUAUGCCUUAGAGACACCACAACAAAUACAAUACGAGUAGUAGUGCCCGGAAGCCUCGUCCAAACCGUACUCUCUGACCUCCACACCGAGUUGGGGCAUGUAGGACAGAAUAAAACUGAGGCAGCAGCACGACAACGGUUUUGGUGGCCGCACCUACGAGAACAGGUGGCCACCUUUUGCAAUACAUGCACUACUUGCGCUUCUUUCAAAUCACCGCAACAACAAAGCCGUGCCCCCCUCCAACCAAUGCGCACGAGCUUUCCUUUCCAACGACUUGGACUCGACAUAGUAGGCCCGCUGCCAUUUACCACGUCCGGCCACAGAUUUAUACUAGUGAUGGUCGAUUAUUUUACUAAAUGGGCGGAAGCGGUACCACUGUUACGACAAGAUGCCGCAUCAGUGACAACGGCGAUCUUCAACGAAUGGGUAUGCCGUUUCAGAGCACCGUGGUCUAUCCACUCGGACUGCGAAGCUAACUUCGACAGCAAACUACUCCAAGACGUGUGUAACUUACUUGAUGUGUAUAAAACCCGCACAACACCUGCCCAUCCUGAAGGAAACGGUCAGGUUGAAAGGACUAACAGGACCUUGAUUCAGCUAUUACGGGCUUUUGCCGAACAGAACCACCCACACGACUGGGACGAAAAGCUGCCGUGUGUCAUGAUGGCAUACCGUACCGCGGUACACGCCUCUACAGGCUACGCUCCUUUUUUCAUGUUAACAGGACGUUAUUUGCGCCUCCCAGUUGACUCACGCUCUCCUUUACCAAUCCCCAGCAGCCAUACACCAGACGAGUACGUGCGGAAACUACCUGAGUUGAUACGUUGCACCCACAAUCUAGCACGAGAACAUCUGGGAGCAGCCGCGGAACGACAGAAGAGCUAUUUUGAUAGACAGGUACAUGGGACCCCGUACCAAUUAGGCGAUCUCGUGUGGCGCUACCGGCCGGUGCCACCAUGGGGAACAUCUGCAAAAUUCUUCCACCCCUGGGAAGGACCAUACGUAGUGGUCGAUGUACACCAUCCCACUACAUACGUACUAAGGGACGCAGUGACUCCAGAUGGACCUACAUUUACAACGCACUUCGAUAAAUUGAAACCGUUCCGAGGACGAUUACCGACAGCCAACGACGAUACGCUACCCAUACUCCCAGCGCACCUAGUACCCCCACCGUCUAGAGAGGAAACCAUCGAGCCAACAACAUCCAGAAGCCCUGCGGACAGGGCUCCUUCUCGGGAGGGGAGUAUGUAAUAGCGGGCUUUUUAAUAGGAAGGCGGGGAAAUUGAAAGGCAGCAACGUGCUGAAUCAUCUCCUUUUCAUUUGCAGACGAGGACGCUGAGAAGGGUACCUCCGUCAACAUCUUGCCACCAGAAGAACGGAACUGA